AGCACGUUGCACCAACAACAAAUAUAUAAAGUAAAUACUGACGACUGGAUCAGUCAUUUCAACACGAUAUGAGGGUGUUACGUGGACUUGUGCGCUCAGUAGCGUUUAUUUAACCGUCUAAGGCACAUGCGUUGUGUUACCGCGUUAAUUGCGUGAUAAAUAAUUUGACUGUCUAGUGAAAAAUAAUAUUUUUAUAGAAAAAUUGUUAUUAAGCAUCAGGAAAAUGGAUGUCCCUGCGAAAGGAAACGUUUUGGGACGUUUCGUCCCAGCUCGCUACAUCCUAGCGGUACUAGGGUCUAUAGGCAUGGCUAUUGUCUAUGGUCUGAAGGUGAACCUCUCCGUUGCUAUGGUGGGGAUGCUCAACCACACUGGGAUAAAGCUCAUGGAGUCUCAUGGGUCACCAUUGGAAACCGUGGUAGAUAAUGUAACGGCUGUGGUAUCUGGAGAUGUGGAAUGUGAGCCAACAGGAGGAUCUAAUAGCAGUGCUGCGGAGCUGGAUGGUCCGUUUAUUUGGUCAUCGGAGGUGCAUAACAUCGUGCUAAGCUGUUACUUCUGGGGAUAUUUCGUUUCUCAAAUACCUGGUGCUCGAGUCGCGGAACUCUUUUCAGCAAAAUGGGUUAUGUUUUUCAGCGUGACCAUCAACGUUGUUUGCACUCUGCUUACCCCCGUGACAGCAGAGGCGCAUUACGUAGCCGUCAUGAUCAUGAGAAUCGGAGAAGGUAUUGGUGGGGGCGUUACAUUUCCGGCAAUGCACGUGUUGUUGUCAAAAUGGGCGCCACCGGCCGAACGAAGUGUCAUGGCGGCGCUCGUUUACGCGGGAACUUCUUUGGGCACUGUGAUAUCUAUGCUAAUGGCGGGUGUGCUCACUGCCAACGUCGGAUGGGAAAGCGUGUUUUACGUGAUGGGUGGUCUAUCAGCCAUCUGGUGCGUACUCUGGGUGAUCCUGGUCCAAGACUCGCCACAAGAGCAGCCGCUCAUCAGUGCUGAGGAGAGGAACAUGAUCGUCACUUCCCUGGGAGGCAAGACUGAUGACCUAUCGCACAAGAAACUGCCAGUCCCGUGGCGCGAAGUGGCGAAGUCGCCCGCGUUCCUCGCGAUCCUGGUGUCUCACGCGUGUUCCAACUGGGGCUGGUACAUGCUCCUCAUAGAGACACCCUUCUACAUGAAGCAGGUGCUCAAGUUCAACAUCACUGAGAACGCAGUAUCAACCGCGCUUCCCUUCCUAUCGCUGUGGUUCUUCAGUAUUGCCCUGAGUCGGACCUUGGACUGGCUGCGAGGCAAGGACAUUAUCACAACAACUACAGCCAGGAAAAUUGGCACACUUUUCGCAUCCGCGGUGCCGGCGGCGUGCCUGCUGGCGCUGUGCUACAUCGGGUGCAACCGCGGCGCGGCGGUGGUGCUGAUGGCGGUCGGCAUCACCUGCAUCGGCGGCAUGUUCUGCGGGUUCCUCUCCAACCACAUCGAUAUCGCACCUAACUUCGCAGGUACUCUGAUGGCUAUCACCAACACAGUGGCUACAAUUCCAGGCAUUGUCGUGCCUAUUUUCGUUGGAAUAUUGACUCAUGGCAAUCAAACCAUCUCAGCAUGGCGGGUGAUAUUCUUCGUGACGAUAGGGUUGUACAUCAUUGAGAUCGUGGUGUACACGUUAUUCGGUUCCGGCGAGGAGCAGCCCUGGAACCGAGUACCCGAAAGGAAAGAAGAUAUCGAAACCAAACCUCUUAACAAUGAUGUGGAAAAGACCCACGUUUAAUAUUUUUAUCGGUUUUAGAUAAAGUUUUGUUGGUAAGACUGCAAAAAUAUUUAUUGCUAAAAUGAUAUCUUUUUUUAGAUUAUUAUGGUCGAAAUUAUUUUUGGUUAAAUGGUUUUGUAGGUGUGAAACUAGAUGCUAAAGUUUGUCCUGCACACAAUAACCCACCAUGUUAGUACGCAUUAGUAAUUAAUGAACUGCCUAAAAUGUCUUUGUUACAUGUCUCACAUACUUCUUAUUUAUAUUAUAAUAAUGAUAUUUCAAUAAUUCUAAUUUGGCAUAAUCAUACCUAUAUCUUUAUGUAAUGUAAUUAUUGAAAGACGACCAACCGAUCAUGUUGUGUUUGCCUGUUUAAUAUUACUACUUUUUUUUAUUUUCUCUUGACUGAAAAUUAUGAUUGUAAAUGUAGGCGAAUGCUCGCUG